AGAGAAAAAUGAAGAAAGGGUCAGGCGGUGGAAGACGAAGCACUCGCCGGAGUUCAGCUGCGGCGCUACUCGAGUAGCUUCUCCGAACCACUCUCCUCCCAAAUCGACGCUUCUCAACAACAGCAACAAGCGCACCAAGAAGAUGACCGCGGCUAGGGCUUCUUCCAUCCUCGGAUCUCCGUCUCCAGCAGCCUCCAAGCCGCUCGCCGACGCCAACGGCCUGGCUUCGAUUCCCGAUCUGAAGAACCUUGCCUCGUCGCGCCUCCAGGAUCUGAAGCAACACAUCGAUCGCUCACACACCGAGAUCCUCAAGGAUUGCGAUUCCGCUCAUUCUCGACUCCACAAGCGCUUCAAGAUCCAGACUCAAGCAUGUCAGCAAAUGUUGGAUGAAGCAGACAAGGAAUACAAGAAGAUGACUCAAAGGACUACUGAAAGUCGGGAAGCAAUGAUGGCUUCUUAUGCAGAGUUCAUGGCAGAUGCACAGGCCUCGGCUUCUCAUGCUUGCAAAACAUCCGUUGCUGAGUUGUCACAGUCCUUUGAGAAAACAAUUGAUGCUCUUAACAUCUGUUAUGGGAUUUCAUCCAAGUAGCGAUUAUGUCUCAGUUCACCAGAAUGUUUAGGGAUGCAUAGCGGGUGGACAGUGGGAGAUAGUAGUUGACUGGAUUCAGAGUGUGAUCUACAGUUACCUGAUAGUAUGAUAUGAGUUUGUUAAUUUGACAGUCUUAACCUUGUUGAAACUGUGGGAUUGUUGCAACACUAUCUUGGAACAGUACUUGGAUAUAGA